AUGCGCUUCCUAUUCGCUUUUGGCUUCGGCGUGCUCCUGUGCCUGCUCCUGGCUCAGGAGGGCAGUGGGGCGUCCUCCACCACCUCCACCUCCUCCUCUGCCAGCACUACCACUACCACUGCCUCCUCGGCCACCACCACGACCACCGCCGCCUCGGCCACCACCACGACCACCGCCGCCUCGGCCACCACCACGACCACCGCCUCCUCCUCCUCCUCCUCGUCCUCUUCCUCGGCGGCUGCCAGGAGACGCAGGCGUGCCCGCCGCCGUCGUCUGGCUAGGGAGCGCCAGCGUAGGGAGCGCAGGAGGCAGCGCCAAGCUGAGAGACUGCGCCUGCAACUGGAGAACCAGCGCCGCCUGAUCAAUCAGCUGCGCGGUUAAAGAUCGCUUUGGAAACAUUUUCCUAUCUACAAAGUACCCACACGCCCUAUUUGAGAAUAUUAAAAAA